GGCAUUUAUGACAGAUCGUUUUCGUCUCGUUUCAAAUCUAUCGAACAGUCAAACGGGAUGUCGUGUAUUUGUAUGUGUAUGCAAUAAAUGCCUUACUUACAUAUAAACAUAAGUGGCACAUUCAAAUUUAUUUUAUUUUAUAAACUUUUGGUGAGAUUUUUAUAGCCAAAUUUAUUUAGAUAGAUUUUCAUACAAGAGUGGUUGCGUAAAUAAUAAAAACAAAAAAAGUAUACCUUAGUAAAGCAGUGAAGUGCAAAAAAAAGAACAUUUAGAUUACAGGAAUUUUAUAUUAUCUUCUACUUCAAAGUAACAAGCGGGUGGCGCAAUGCAAUCGACUGAUUCUGGAGAUGGAGCAAAAAACUUCAAUCAGCACAUCACCAGUCACUUGGCAUCAUCAUCCACCACAGCGGGAGCAACUGCAGCAGCAGCACCAGUACCAGCAACAGCAACCACAACAAUAAACGACGCGACCACAUCAUUCAGCACUACACCCGCACAGAGCAACAAAAGCAACGCACUCAACCACGAUACACCCAGCAAGAAUCCCUUCAAACAAGCACCGUCUCAGUGGAGCAACGAUCAAAGAUUAACGCUACAACAGCAACAGCAACAGAAUGCCAGCAACAAAACGUACAACAACAGCGCUCAACAUGCCAACGAAGCAGGAGGUGGCAUUUUUGGCGCCGCUGGCGCAACAACAACGCAAGCAACACCGGCACCGAACUCGACCACAGAUCCAGCGGCAAUCAAGACACCGGGACGACUUUAUAUGACAACACAACCGCCACCACCGGAUCAUUGUCGACAGGAGGACUACCGCGCCGCCGGGACAUGGGCCACCUUCAAGAAUUGGAUGAUCGGUUGGCGCGGGUCGCGACAACUCGUCUUGAUCAUUGUGGCCAUUGCGUUGUUAUUGGAUAAUAUGUUGUUGACAACUGUUGUUCCUAUAAUACCCGAGUUCCUGUACGACAUACGCCAUCCGGAUGCACCGCUCGACAGUUAUCCACGCACGCCACUCACCACACACACUCCACCGCCACCCACUCAAUCACCCUGCAGCCCAAAUGGCGAGCCACUGCCAACAGUGGAGGUGUCAACGCUAAGUCCAGAAGAAAAUUUCACCUUAUAUCGAGAGUUGGAAGAGCGACACAAAGAGUUGGUGGGCGAGACCGUUGAAGUGGGCAUUCUAUUCGCAUCGAAGGCUUUCGUACAAUUGCUAGUUAAUCCGAUCGUUGGACCUUUGACACACAGAAUCGGCUACAGCAUUCCUAUGUUCGCCGGUUUCGUUAUCAUGUUUCUGUCAACACUGAUCUUCGCCUUCGGACGUUCGUAUUUGGUACUGUUUGUGGCGCGUGCGCUACAAGGCAUCGGUUCAUCGUGCUCCUCUGUCUCGGGUAUGGGCAUGUUGGCAGAUCGCUAUACGGAUGACAAGGAACGUGGCAAUGCAAUGGGCGUGGCACUGGGUGGCUUAGCAUUGGGCGUGCUCAUCGGUCCACCAUUCGGGGGUGUAAUGUACGAAUUCGUUGGCAAAUCGGCACCAUUUUUGAUACUCUCCGCACUGGCUUUGGGCGAUGGAUUACUUCAACUCUUUAUGCUGCAACCGUCUAUACAACGUGCCGAUACAGAGCCACCCUCACUGAAAGCGCUUAUUAGUGAUCCAUACAUACUGAUCGCUGCGGGCUCAAUUACAUUUGCCAAUAUGGGCAUUGCCAUGUUGGAGCCGUCGCUGCCACUUUGGAUGGUCGAUAAUAUGGGCGCCACGCGUUGGGAACAAGGUGUUGCCUUCUUACCAGCCUCCAUUAGUUACCUCAUUGGCACUAAUCUCUUCGGACCUCUCGGACAUAAGAUUGGACGUUGGUUUGCUGCCUGUUUGGGUUUGAUUAUCAUCGGCUGUUGCUUGAUCAUGAUUCCCAUGGCCACCUCGAUUACGCAUCUCAUUCUACCCAAUGCUGGUUUGGGUUUCGCCAUCGGCAUGGUGGACUCAUCAAUGAUGCCCGAACUUGGCUAUCUCGUAGAUAUACGUCACUCUGCUGUUUAUGGUAGUGUUUAUGCCUUGGGCGAUGUCGCCUUUUGUGUGGGAUUUGCUGUGGGUCCAGCGCUCAGCGGUACACUAGUCAAAUCAAUCGGUUUCGAAUGGAUGUUGGUGGGCAUUUCAAUUUUAUGCUUUCUCUAUGCUCCACUGUUAACGCUGCUCAAGAAUCCACCCACAAAGGAGGAGAAAAAGGUUGGUAACACGGUGAAUGAAGGUGUUAAUGCCGAUGCUGAUGCGUCUGCGCCUGCGUCUGUGGCUGUGUCUGUGUCUGCGAAUGCCAAUGGCAAUGUGAAUAUAGGCAAUGAUGUGCUGGUAAUGGCCACGACCAACAGUCCAGCCAUUAUGCGUGAAGGCAUGACGAAUGAGGCUUUUGAAAGUGAACGGCUUUGAGUUGCGAGAAUCGUUUGUUGUUUUAAUUUAACUGAGCUUGGCUUUCUGGUCGUUCCUCUUAAGAUCGCAUGGCGUUUAUGUGAGAAGAUUUUUUUUUUUUUGGUUUGUUUUUUUGCAAAUAUGUUUGAAAAUGUAUGUAUUCGAACUGUAUUUGUUUAUUAAAGUAUUUUAAAGCGAAUUUUCGCAUAUUUUAUUAAAACUCUGUAAUUUUUUCAGAUUUCCUACCUUUUAGUUAUUUAAUACUAAAUUUAAAUUGCAUAUUUUUCCUCUAUUCCUACCUUUUAGUUACUUAAAAUUUUAUUAUUUUAGUUUAAAAUCAAAUUUCAAAUAUAUUUUGGCUCCAUCACGCAUUAAGCGCUUUAGACCUAGUAUUUUUAUAAACAUUUAGUGCAAUUAAGUAAAUAUGUAGUAAGAAAUUCAGUUUCCCAAUCCAAAUAUUUUUAAGUUUUUUAACUUAUA